AUGGCGGACGACGACCGACUCCCUACUCUCCUGUCCAAUCUCCCACCCUCGUCGAACUACUUCUCGCUCGAGUUCUUCCCUCCCAAGACGUCGUUGCGCUUCUCCAAUCUCCAGUCCCGUCUGGCUCGAAUGGCCGCGGCACUGCGACCGCUCUUUGUGACAGUGACAUGGGGCGCGGGCGGGUCGACGGCGACCAAGUCGUUAGAGUUGGCGGAAGUAUGUCAGAGACAGCUGGGGUUGACGACGGUUCUGCACUUGACAUGUACAAACAUGAAGAGAAGCAUGGUGGACGAGGCCCUCGAGACGGCGCGGGAGGUAGGGAUCCGCAACAUCCUGGCACUGCGCGGCGAUCCUCCCCGAGAAGAAUAUCGCGACACCAACGACGGGGGCAGCGGAGGGUCCGGAACGGACAGCAACGAGGAGUUUGUCUGGGCCGUGGAUCUGGUGCGGUACAUCAGACACAAAUACGGGGAUUACUUUUCGAUCGGUGUCGCCGGGUACCCGGAGGGCCAUGCGGACGAGAGCAACCCUAUCGCGGGCCAGCAGAGCGUCGAGCACGAUCUGCCGUACCUGGUGGAAAAGGUGGCCGCAGGGGCAGACUUCAUCAUGACCCAGUUGACUUAUGAUAUUGAUGCCUAUGCUGCCUACGAGAAGCGACUGCGCGACUAUGUCGACCCCAAGGACGGCAAGAAACUGUUUGCCACGAUCCCUAUCAUCCCCGGUCUCAUGCCCAUCCAGAGCUACCAGAUCAUCAAACGCAUCACGAAAUUAAGUCAUGCGAAAAUUCCAGAAGACAUUUCCCGUCGCAUCGAGGCCGUCAAGUCCGACGAUGAGGCGGUCAAGAAGGUCGGCGUGGAUAUUCUGAGUGAACUGGUCGAACAGAUCAAGGGGCUUCCGCAGCCCGAUGGUGUCCCGCGCGGACUCCAUUUCUAUACCCUCAACCUUGAGAAGUCGGUCGCAUUCAUUCUUGAGCGCACUGGCUUGAUCCCGCCUAUCUCAGAACCCGAGCCCGAGGAGCCAUCGUCCGACUCUUCUUCCGACUCGGACGCCAUUGCAGCUGAUAAUGCCACGCCGACAAUCUCACCACCAACGCUGUCUCUUAAUGGCACGGCAGCAGCAGAGAAUGGAGUGGCCCGACCGCCAGGACCUACUGGAUUGGUCAAACGAAGAACGAGUUCAGUCAAUGCCCAGCCUCAUAACCGAGUCAUUCUUGAACGUGAGCAGCAAGAACAACGACACCGGCAAAGAAAAGAAAAGCAGCAACAGCAACAACAGCAAGAAGAAGCGGCGGCGGCGGCGGCUGACGCAGACAGAGAAAAAAUGUUGAAACAACACAUCGCCCCAGACAGAGGUACAGGUAUUCCGGCUUCUGACCCGACGAGGAAACACAAUCUCAUGAUAUCCGAAGGCCAAGGAUCUUUGGGCAGAGAAGCCACCUGGGACGACUUCCCCAAUGGCCGUUGGGGUCCAUCUCACUCUCCUGCAUUUGGCGAGAUUGACGGCUACGGUCCCACGCUGAAAGUCGGCCCCAUCACAGCCCGACGACUCUGGGGCCACCCAAAGACACGCGACGACGUUACUGCGUUGUUCCGACGUGUUGUCGUGGGCGAGUUGGAAGCCGUGCCCUGGAGCGACGAGAUUGAUGUUGCCGAUGACACCACUACAGCCAACGGAGCCGCGGGGGCAUCACUCCGCGCCGAGACCCAAGUCAUCCGCCAAGAACUGUUGGCAAUGAUUGAGAAAAAGGGAUACUGGACCUUGGCGAGUCAACCGGCCGUCGAUGGCGUCAGAAGCGAAGACGAGACUUUCGGCUGGGGUCCGCCCGGUGAAGGGUUUGUGUUUCAAAAGGCCUUUGUGGAAUUCUUCUGUGAUCGGCACGAAUGGGAGACACGCCUCAAACCGCGCCUGUUGAAGUAUAGGUCUGAUCAGGUCAGUUGGUUCAAGACGGAUGCGAAUGGCGCGUUUGAAUCGAGUGAGGAAAUUGAGAACGAGAAGAAGAAGAAAACUGAAACUAAAACUAAUGGUGGUGUUGAUGAUCAUGAUACUACCACUACUACGACCAAUGGUACUGCUACUACCACGAGUGUAACCGCAACCGGCGUCAACGCCGUCACUUGGGGAGUGUUCCGCGGCAAAGAAAUCGUCACCCCGACCAUCAUUGAAGCUGAAUCCUUCCGCGCCUGGGGCGAAGAGGCGUAUUCCAUCUGGAGCGAGUGGCGCAAGUGUUUCCCCCGGGGCAGUGAUGAGGAACGAUUCCUAGAGCGCAUGCGUCAGGAGUCGGUGCUUGUUAAUGUCGUCGGGCAUAAUUAUAUCGGUGGCCAUGAUGGGGCGGGCGGGGAGUUGUGGAAGAUCUUGCUUGAUGAGUAG